AUGGCUGACGGCGAAGAGGAUUUCUCGUCUCUGCCCUUAGCAGAUCGCUUUUCACACAAGGUUUGGAAAGUCAGGAAGGAAGGAUAUGAAGAUGCAGUCAAGCAGUUUGAAAAGACGCCAGAUGAAUCAGAUCCCGUAUUCACGCCAUUCUUACAAGAUCCCUCCAUGUGGAAGGGCGUUGUUGCCGACUCCAACGUUGCCGCCCAACAAGAAGGUUUAGCAGCCUACUGCGCGUUUUUGAAAUAUGGGGGUGUUCAGGCCUGCACAAGGUCGCGAGGUGUUGCGGUCCCGGCCAUCGCUGAAAAGGGUCUUCCUUCGACACGUCCUGCUGCGAAGGCAAAUGCGCUUGAGGCUCUCUUGCUGUGCAUAGAACUCGACAAAUCCGAUCCCGUCAUAGAAGAUUUACUCCCCGUUUUAUCAGCCAAGCAACCAAAAGUGGUCGCCGCAGGCCUGGCUGCUAUCACAGCUAUAUAUCAUAAUUACGGCUGCAAGCUUGUUGACCCGAAACCUGUCCUGAAAAUUCUACCCAAAGUCUUUGGGCAUGCUGAUAAGAAUGUCCGUGCUGAAGCACAGAAUCUAAGUGUAGAGCUUUACCGGUGGCUUAAAGAGGCCAUGAAGCCUGUUUUCUGGAACGAUUUGAAACCAGUACAACAACAGGAUCUGGACAAACUAUUCGAAAAGGUUAAAGAAGAGGCUCCACCAAAACAAGAGCGAUUAACGAGGGCACAACAGGAGUCAAUGGCUGCAGCGCCCGCAGCCGGUGGGGAUGAUGCCGGUGAGGCUGAGGAAGAUUACGGAGAAGAUGACGGGGGUGAUAUGGACCAAUUCGACCUCGCAGAGCCUGUCGACGUGAUGCCGAAAGUACCAAAAAAUCUGCACGAACAAUUAAGCUCGACAAAGUGGAAGGACAGGAAAGAAUCAUUGGAUGAAUUGUAUACUGCCCUCAAUGUUCCUCGAAUUCAGGAUGGACCAUUCGACGAGAUUGUGAAGGCACUUGCGAAAUCUAUGAAGGAUGCAAAUGUUGCAGUCGUUACAGUCGCUGCUAAUUGCGUCGACUUGCUUGCGAAGGGACUGCGUUCUGCAUUUGCAAAAUACCGCUCGUCAAUCAUGGCACCGAUUAUGGAGCGUCUAAAAGAGAAGAAGCAGUCCGUUGCCGACGCAUUGGGCCAAGCAUUGGAUUCCGUGUUCGGUUCUACCAGUCUAUCUGAAUGCCUGGAGGAUAUAUUUGAAUUCUUGAAACACAAGAACCCGCAAGUCAAACAAGAAACCCUGAAGUUUCUAAUUAGGUGCCUAAGAACGACCCGCGAUGUGCCCGCGAAACCUGAAGUGAAGUCAAUAGCGGAAGCCGCCAUCAGAUUACUUACAGAGUCGAGCGAAGUUACACGAUCGGGUGCUGCAGAGAUUCUAGGAACGCUGAUGAAAAUCAUGGGCGAACGAGCGAUGAACCCUUACCUUGAUGGCUUAGACGAGAUUAGGAAGUCUAAGAUCAAAGAGUAUUUCGAGACAGCCGAAGUCAAGGCCAAGGAUCGCCCCAAGCCGAUCAUCGCACCUCCUAAACCCGCGCCGGUUGCAAAAAAGACUGCCGCUCCAGGCGCAAGGAAACCAGCUCUGGGGUUGAAAAAGGCUGCCCCUGUUGCUGCACCCCCCCCCGAAGAGGCAUCUCCACCCCCGAAACCAAAAGCUGUGGCCAAGCCCGGACUUGCACGCCCGGGUGGUAUUCCCAAGCCAGGUCUGGCUACUCCUGGUUCUGGAUUGAAGAUGCAGCGACGUAUUCCCGGUGUUGGCGGUGCCGCAGCAGCUUCUCAAGGAUCUCCUAAGCGUCGUGUAUCCUCUCCGCCUCUUGAUGACGCUCCGCCGACGCCGGCGCCAGCACAGCCAAAAUUCGGUUUAGGACGUGGCCUGGCAGGUCGCCCAAUCAGCAAGCCUGCGGCGGCGUCAACAGAGGUGGCACCCGCUCCCGCACCUGUCGUGUCUGGUCUCGCAGCAGUUGAGCGUGCCGAAUUAGAAGAGCUUCGCCUCGAGCGAGACCGCCUCUCGAGGAUGAACGACGACCUAAAAUCAGACAAGACGAAGCUUACGUCUCAAGUCACAGAGCUUCAAAACCAGAAUGCACAACUGAUCGAGGAUCAUACGAGAGAUGUGUUGAGCAUCAAAGCGAAAGAAACGCAGUUAGUACGUGCACGCAGUGAUGCAGAGACGGCGGAACAAACAGUCCAGAAACAACAACGUGAAAUUGAACGUCUCAAGCGUGAACUGGCUAGGGCGGUGCGCGCCUCAGCGAUGAGUCCCCCAACUGUCCUUUCGGAUGGUCUCAACACUGGGGUCUCAGACAAUGGCCCCUAUUCGCCCGACACCGGUACCUAUAACAGCAAUGGCUCCCGUCAUGGACAUUAUAUGAGUUCGCGAUUAGAAAGCACUCGACCUCCAAGCUACGUCUCCAGCCCAAGCGAAGACAAGGAAAACAACGGGUUUGGUUCACCCACCGCAGAAACGAAUCUGGAUUCUACCUUUGGUCGCAGGAAAUUCAGUCCUCCCAUCGGACAGAGUCUUUCAAGCAGAGGCAGCCCUAGCCGACCUACCGCUCGCUAUGCAUCAGCCAGUAGCAAUAAUAGCGAGGAACAACCGUCUAUAACGACCCGAUCCGCCGAACCAGCCGAAAACUGGAAACGAGCAGCAGAAGUAACAAGUCAAUUAAAAGCUAGAAUCGAACAGAUGAAGGCUCGACAAGGUCUCUCCCGGCCUCCGCCAUCGGCCCAUUAA